ACGAAGUUCACCUUAUCUUAUCUUGUUCAUAGAGAAUAGAGAUAGGUUUAGGUUUAGGUUCAGGUACGUUUACGUACAUUCGUGAUACUGAACUAACGAUCGGAUCGGAUCGGAUCGGAUUUAUUUACAUUGGUUACAAACGCUCGUUUGCUCAGUCGCUUGUUUGUUUUUGCUUUCAAAAAUAUAGGUACUAUGUAGAUGUACCAAAAAAUAAACUAGGUACCUAAUAAAGUUGAUUGAUGUAAAAUAAAUAAUUUGCGUUCGCGUUACGUGUAAGUUAGUCUAUCUACUCGUACUAGACACUAGACAGUAUACAUUACAUACACCGAGAUGAACGUCAUCAACGAAAACGUAAUACAGACCAUCCUAAGUCGCGAUCGCGAUCGCGAAGCCGCAGAGGCAGAGGCGGCGGCGGCGGCGAAGGCGGAAGAGGAAGACGUUUCGUCCAUUCAAAUAGUAGAUUGGCGCGUCGAUGGUAUGAAUGAAAAAAGCAUCAUCAGCUACGCGUCCGAACUAUCUCGACUGGUCGUUCGUUAUCGUUAUCAUUAUCGUUGUGGAGGAGCGAAAGGAGCGAAAAAAGGAGGACAAGACGGAGACGGCGCUGGCGCUGGCGCUGUAUCGCGAGAGAAAAUUUUCAUAAUCAAGGAUCCUACCAAAGCUCCUCUGUACGCGUACGUAAAAAAUUUCGGUUGGUACGAUAACGAGGUAACGAUGUACGAUCGAGUAUUUCCGCAAAUGCUGCAGCAGUUGGCUCCGGAGCUGGACCACGACGAACACUCGUACGAGUACGAGUACUUUACACCUCGACAGUACUACUUCGACGACGAGACGCAGCUGCUGGUGCUGCAAGAUCUAUCUCAGAGCGGGUACAAGUGCGCGGAUCGCGUGCAAAAGCUCGACUUGGAACAUUGUAUUUACGCCGUCCGAAGUCUGGCCAAAUUGCACGCUUUAUCCGUCAAACUAGAAACUACGGUCGGUCUACCCGAAUCGGUCAAACGCAACGCUAUAUUCAGCGCCGACCGAGCGUCAGAUUUAACCGCCAUCCUCGCUCAAGGAAUCGCCACGUUUACAGACUGCGUUCCGCAACAUCUCAAACAGCUUUACCCGAACGUAAUCGCCGAUUUUACCCAACUAUCGGCCGAAAAAUUGAUCCGAGCCAACGACGAUUGUUGGCGUAACACGCGCUUCCGCGUUUUGAAUCACGGCGAUUUCAACGUCAAUAACAUCAUGUACAAAUACGACGAGUCGCUCGGACUCGUGAAAAACGUCAAACUUAUCGAUUUUCAACUGUCUCACUGGAACGGGCCGGCCAACGAUUUGCUAUUCUUCACCAUAACCAGUAUGCGCUUCGACGUGUACCGCAAACACUUGGCUUCGCUGUUGCAAAUUUACUCGGAUACCGCGAAUAAGAUACUGCGUCGAUUAGGCUGUCCCGUCUCCUCGUACGAGAAUGUCAGCGUGAGCCGGCUGCUCGACGAUAUCGAUACGCUGUAUCCGUACGCGUUAUACGUACUAAGUUGCGUGCUACCUUUCAUCAUGUUCGAUCCGCAAGAUCCUAACGCUAACCCUAUCGACGCCAAAAGUUUAAUCAAAGACGACCAGAUAGACUUCAGCGAUAGAAAAGACGCGCUUUAUCGAAAAAGCUAUCAAGAAACGAUGAUUCGAUGGCUGCAGCAUUUCGCUCAAAAAGGUACUUUACGCACUGACACUGACACUGACACUGACACUGACGAAGAAAAAUAACGGACCCGGACCGAAUCGAGAUCAAUUAACCAAGUCAAAAUACGAGUAUGUAAGAGUAGACUACAAUAUUGUAUUCGUCGUACGUAGCGUAGCGUAGCGUAGCGUGAAACCAAAACAGCAAAUUCUCGCCAUCCGAAUGCCAAAAUGUACAUACGAGUAGUUGUUCUCGUUACUCGUACCUAUAAUAAUGUUAUGUUAUCGUAAUUGUACAUACGUACAUACUCGUAAUCGUAUGCUAAGAUGUUGAAUGAAUUUCGAAAUAGAGUCUCAAAAAAAUUGUUAUGUAAAGUUAGAUCCCUACCUACGUAUAAUAAGAAGAUAAAAUUUUCAAGUGAUUAAAAAUACCUAGUUACCUACAUACCUA